AUGAAGGGAAAGGGUAUAUUGAACAAUAUGGUUCUUCUCAUUCUAGUUUUGCUAUGCUUUAAUGGGAUGGUUCAUGUGAACUCCCAAAAGGUCCCUGCUAUGUUUGUUUUUGGAGAUUCAAUUGUUGAAGUUGGUAACAACAAUUUCCUUAAUACCUUAGCAAAAUCAAACUACUAUCCAUAUGGUAUUGAUUACAACAGUGUUCCUACAGGAAGAUUUUCUAAUGGAAGAUCCCUCAUUGACUUCAUUGCAAAUUUGUUGGGUGUUCCUUCUCCUCCACCUUUUUUAGACCCUUCAACUACUGGAUCAAGAAUACUUAAUGGAGUCAAUUAUGCAUCAGCUUCUGGUGGCAUUCUUGAUGAAUCAGGAAGACACUAUGGUGAUAGGCUUAGCAUGAACAGGCAAAUCCAGAACUUUCAGAGCACAUUGAAUCAAUAUAGGACAAUGACGAAUCCAACUGACCUAAAUCAAUUUCUAGCCAAAUCUAUAGUAAUUGUCGUGACGGGGAAUAAUGACUACAUCAACAACUACCUCCUACCCGGACUUUAUUCCAGCAGUUCCAAUUAUACAGCUCCGGAAUUCGCCAAUCAUAUGAUCAAUAAUUUAGCGCGACAAAUGCUGGCACUUCACACCUUAGGAUUGAGGAAGAUCUUCAUAGCAGGAGUUGGACCACUUGGUUGCAUUCCUAAUCAAAGAGCUACUGGUUUAGCGCCAUCAGGAAGGUGUGUGGAUUCGGUAAAUCAAAUGGUUGGAUUUUACAAUAGAGGACUCAGAUCAACAGUUGAGCAACUUAACAGAGAUCAUCCUGGUGCUAUUUUUGCAUAUGGAAACACCUAUGGUGUCUUUGGAGAUAUUCUCAAUAACCCUGCAGCAUAUUCAUUUAGCGUUGUUGACAGAGCUUGUUGUGGCUUUGGAAGGAAUAGAGGACAAAUAUCAUGUCUUCCAUUGCAAUUGCCAUGCUUAUCAAGACAACGAUAUCUGUUUUGGGAUGCUUUUCACCCAACAGAAUCUGCGGUUUAUGUGUUUGCAUGGAGAGCUGUUAAUGGUCCACUGAAUGACGUUUAUCCCAUGAAUAUCAAACAAAUGUCUCUCGUAUAG